GUUCCUCCCUCCCCCUUAGGGCGCUUUGGCAACCAAGCUGACCAUUUUCUCGGCUCAUUGGCCUUUGCUAAGGGUCUGAAUCGCACCCUUAUCCUACCACCAUGGGUGGAGUAUCGCAAGGGUGAAAUGCGCUCCCGACAGGUGCCCUUCAAUACGUACUUUGACGUGGAUCCGCUCAAGGAUUACCAUCGGGUCAUACUGAUGUCGGACUUUAUGUGGCAUCUGGCGGACGACAUCUGGCCGGAAUCGGAGCGUGUGUCCUUCUGCUACAUGGAGCGCAAGAGCCUACAGAAGGAGAAAAACAAUCCGGACCAGCCCAACUGCCAUUCCAAGGAUGGAAAUCCGUUUGGCCCUUUCUGGGACACCUACAACAUUUACUUUGUCAAGUCGGAGUUCAAUGGACCGCUGCACGUCAAGGAUGGCCAGCAUCUGUUCGCGUCGCCCCAGUGCCUGGGCUACAAGAACGAGCGCGGAUCUCUCUAUCCCGAGCUCUGCAUGCAGACCAAAGAAUCGAUAGUGCGACAACUGAAGAGGACCAUCAAAAAUGUGCGCCAGACGCAGCCCAACAAUGAGAUCAAAUCCGUAUUUGUGGCAUCCGAUGCUAAUCACAUGAUCGGAGAGCUAAAUGCGGCGCUCAUCCGUAUGGGCAUCUCCGUGCACAGGUUGCCCGAAGAUGAUCCUUAUUUAGAGUUGGCCAUUUUGGGGCAAUCGAAUCAGUUUAUUGGAAACUGUAUCUCAUCGUACAGCCACCUGCGCUGUAGAGCAUGCCCGACGUUUGGUGGCCACUAUCAGCGAUGUGGUAGGGGAGGAGCCAUUUUAAAUCUAUAUGAAUGUGCAUGUUACGUUAGAAAGCCAUGGCCAUGUCCAUAAUACCAUUCCAGCGGUCGGGCGCAUGAAUCUAGUCAAUUUAUGGGACAUAUGCAAUGUGAAACGUCAAAAAGACAGCUCUCC